AUGGCUCUCGGAUGUCAAGUGAGGGACGGGAUUCGAAGUCCUAUCCCAGGUCAGCGAUCGAAGAUUAGAGACGCCGCAGCGUUUGCCAAGGAAAGUAAAAUAUGGUGGGCCGGACACGUGAUGCACUUUAACGACAACCGUUGGAACAGAGCCGUGGGCGACUGGGUUCACCUCGAUAUUAUGCGCACUAUAGGAAGACCGCCGACCCGAUGGUCAGAUUUCUUCACGAAGUCCUUCAAAGAAAGUUAUUAUGCUCUUCGUGUCCCACGCGAAAGGGGGAAUCACUGGGCGACUCCGGCGAUCGGGAUAAAUGGAAGAAUUGCUGGCGCCGCUGGACCAGUUCGAAGAACAACGGGAGUCAAAGUGAUCAAGGUGAUGAAAACUGCCUAA